GUGUGUGAAGAGAGCAGAAGAGGGGAAAUACAAUCUCAGAACUAAACUGCCAAAGCCUAACACCACCUAGCAACAGUUGAAAAACUUUUUAAACAAAAGUCUGGGUGUGAGACAGACAGAGCAUACCUCCUAUUUCUCCUGACUGGGAUUUCUGUGAGGAGAAACUACAUUCCUCUUCUGCUCUCUACCCUAUUUUCUGCAUUACUUCAGCUGCUGGUAGACCUAGAAGAGUGGAAAAACCUUAUCUCUGUGGGUGCUUCUGCACUGGAUACUUUUCUAGGUCUUAAAUCUGCCUGGGUAGUGUGGAGCAAGUUGCUGUGAUCUACCAAGAACAAACUGACAUUGUAGAAUACAUUCCCAGGUUCCUACUGUUGUCAGGUGGGGAUGAGAUCUCGAAACCAAGGUGGAGAAAGCUCUCCUAAUGGGCAUUUCUCCAGUUCUAAGCCCAUUGUCAGCAAUGCAGAGAAUGAAAACCUUCAGGAAGAUGCCAAGAAACAGAACAAAUCUCAUCAAAAGGAAGAGGAGGUCAUGGUCUCAGGGACUGUAAAACGACACUUAAAAUCACCAGCACCUGGUGAACGAAAGAACAAGAAAUCCAUAGAACUUUCUAAAGAGGACUUAAUCCGGCUCCUCAGUAUAAUGGAAGGAGAAUUGCAGGCUAGAGAAGAUGUCAUCCACAUGCUGAAGACAGAGAAAACCAAACCUGAAGUUUUAGAGGCCCACUAUGGAUCUGCAGCUCCAGAGAACGUGCUGCGAGUGUUGCAUAGGGAUGCCAUCCUUGCCCAAGAAAAAUCUGUAGGGGAAGAUGUCUAUGAGAAACCCAUUUCAGAGCUGGACAGACUGGAAGAAAAGCAGAAAGAGACGUAUCGACGCAUGUUGGAACAGCUCCUCUUGGCCGAGAAGUGCCAUCGGCGUACAGUUUAUGAGCUGGAAAACGAGAAGCAUAAACAUACAGAUUACAUGAACAAAAGCGAUGACUUUACCAACCUCUUGGAGCAGGAGCGUGAAAGGUUAAAGAAGCUUCUUGAACAGGAAAAAAUCUAUCAAGCCCGUAAGGAGAAAGAACACACAAAGAGACUCAAUAAACUGAGAGACGAACUGGUCAAACUCAAGUCAUUUGCACUCAUGCUGGUGGAUGAGAGACAAAUGCAUAUUGAACAACUUGGUCAGCAAAGUCAGAAAAUACAAGAUCUUGCUCAGAAACUAAAGGAAGAAGAAGAAAAGCUUAAAGUUAUUAGUUCAAAAACAAAAGAAGAUGGACAAAAAUUGAUGAAGUUAGAAGCAGAACUUGAACACAAGACAUUAUCGUUUUCUCAAGAGCAUGAGGAGAUGACCGCUAAACUGGGUAAUCAAGAGUCACAUAAUAGACAGCUGAGACUUAAGCUGGUUGGUUUGACUCGUAGAAUUGAGGAGCUAGAAGAAACUAACAAAAAUCUUCAAAAGGCUGAGGAAGAACUUCAGGAAUUAAGAGAUAAAAUAGCAAAAGGAGAAUGUGGAAACUCUAGCUUGAUGGCUGAAGUGGAAAACCUACGCAAGCGUGUACUUGAAAUGGAAGGCAAAGAUGAGGAGAUCACAAAAACUGAAUCCCAGUGUAGAGAGCUGAAAAAGAAACUGCAAGAGGAAGAACAUCAUAGCAAAGAGCUGAAACUUGAAGUGGAAAAAUUGCAGAAGAGAAUGUCAGAACUGGAGAAGCUGGAAGAGGCUUUUAGUAAAAGUAAGUCUGAAUGUACCCAGUUGCACUUAAAUCUGGAGAAAGAAAAGAAUUUAACCAAAGACUUAAUAAGUGAGUUGGACAUGGUGAAGACUCGAGUGAAAGAUCUUGAAUCUUCAGAAAGUAAGUUGGAAAAAGCUGAACUAAGCUUAAAGGAGGACCUUACCAAGCUGAAGUCAUUUACUGUCAUGCUGGUGGAUGAAAGAAAAAAUAUGAUGGAAAAAAUAAAGCAGGAAGAAAGAAAAAUUGAAGGUCUGAACAAAAAUGUUAAGGUGGAACAAAGUAAAGUUAUGGAUGUGACUGAGAAACUAAUAGACGAAAGUAAGAAGCUUUUGAAACUGAAAACUGAAAUGGAGGAAAAAGUGUCCAGUUUAACAAAGGAAAGAGAUGAGUUAAUUGGGAAACUGAAAAGUGAAGAAGAAAAAUCCUCUGAACUGAGUUGUAGAGUUGAUUUGUUAAAGAAAAGAAUUGAAGGUAUAGAGGAAGUAGAAAGAGAAAUAGCAAGAGGUCGAGCCAGAAAAGGACCAGAACUUGCUUAUCAUGAGGACAACAAGAUUAAAGAACUAACCACUGAAAUUGAAAGACUGAAAAAACGUCUCAAACAAUUGGAAGUGGUUGAAGGAGACUUGAUGAAGACAGAGGAUGAAUAUGAUCAGCUGGAGCAGAAAUUUAGGACUGAGCAGAACAAAGCUAACUUCCUUUCUCAACAACUGGAGGAAAUGAAGCUCCAGAUUGCUAAAAACAAAGCAAUAGAGAAGGGUGAAGUGGUGAGUCAGGAAGCAGAGUUGAGGCACAGGUUUCGGUUAGAAGAAGCUAAAAGCAGAGAUUUGAAAGCAGAAGUGCAAGCUCUUAAGGAAAAAAUUCAUGAGCUGAUGAACAAAGAAGACCAGCUUUCCCAGCUCCAAGUUGAUUAUUCCGUUCUUCAGCAAAGAUUUAUGGAAGAAGAAGAUAAAAACAAAAAUAUGGGUCAGGAAGUCCUGAACUUAACAAAAGAGUUAGAGCUUUCUAAGCGUUAUAGUCGUGUCCUCAGACCCAGUAUGAAUGGUAGAAGAAUGGUAGAUGUUCCUGUGACAUCCACUGGGGUGCAGACUGAUGCAGUAAGCAGUGAAGCAGCAGAAGAAGAAACCCCAGCCGUGUUUAUAAGGAAAUCCUUCCAAGAGGAAAAUCACAUUAUGAGUAAUCUGCGACAGGUAGGGCUGAAAAAACCCAUAGAGCGCUCGUCUGUGCUUGACAGGUAUCCCCCAGCAGCAAAUGAGCUUGCAAUGAGGAAAUCCUGGAUACCAUGGAUGAGAAAAAGAGAGAAUGUGUCCCAGGCAGCUCAUGAUAAAGGAGCCCGAACAUAUGGUGGCCCUGGACAUCCUGGAGAGGUUGUCCUUUCCCCAAAGCAGGGGCAACCUCUUCAUAUUCGGGUGACUCCAGAUCAUGAGAAUAGUACAGCUACUCUGGAGAUAACUAGCCCAACAUCUGAGGAAUUCUUUUCAAGCACCACUGUCAUUCCAACCUUGGGAAAUCAGAAGCCACGGAUUACCAUCAUUCCCUCUCCAAAUGUGUCGCAAAAAGGAAAAGGUGGUGAGAGUUCAGUGGGCCCAGAGCGUGCUAUGUCACCUGUUACUAUAACUACAUUCUCCAGAGAAAAGUCCUCAGAUGGAGGGAGAGCUCCUUUCAUGGAAAGACCCACAUCCCCAAUUCAGAUUAUGACAGUAUCUACGUCUGCAGCACCAGCAGAAAUCUCUGUCUCUCCAGAAUUGCAGGAUAUGACCAUGGGAAGGGCUGUUUUCAAAGUAACACCAGAAAAACAAACUGUACCAACCCCAAUCCGGAAGUACAAUGCCAAUACCAACAUUAUAACAACAGAGGACAACAAAAUUCACAUUCACUUAGGUUCUCAGUUUAAACGCUCCCCUGGUGCUGCUUCUGAGGGAGCUAGUCCUGUGAUAACAGUCAGACCAAUUAAUGUUGCAGCAGAAAAGGAGGUUAUGACUGGUACCGUCCUUCGUUCCCCCAGGAACCAUUUCUCCUCCAGGCCUGGAGCAAGCAAAGUGACAAGUACCAUAACUAUAACUCCAGUUACAACAUCAUCCACACGAGGAACACAAUCAGUGACAGGACAGGAUGGGUCAUCACAGAGACCUACACCCACCCGUAUUCCUGUGUCAAAAGGUAUGAAAGCAGGAAAGCCAGUAGUGGCAGCCCCAGGAGCAGGAAAUGUGACAAAAUUCGAGCCUCGUGCCGAGACUCAGUCUAUGAAAAUAGAACUGAAGAAAUCUUCAGCCAGCAGCUCUGCCUCCCUGGGCGGGGGGAAGGGCUGAGGGCAGUGGCUAAGGGGAAAGUGUCAUCAUUCAUCAGUUACGCAUGAACUCUAGAUGAGAUACCAUACCCAAUGUAUUCUAUAUGUGUGCACUUCCUCUCCACACCAGUUGGAUGGAUCACUGUUGAAGCCCUCUACCACUAUCACCAUGGUCUCCUGCGCUACUGAUCACUGACAGAAGUUUUUUACUGCUUCCAUUGGAUUAUUAUGAUUAUUUGUAGAGUUUUUAAAAAUAAUGGCCUUGUUGAUAUUUUGAAAAUAUGUAGAGAAAGAGAAAAGCAGUUAUGGUGCCCACUGAAUGUUACUCUUAUUUUGCAAAGCCUAAGGCACCUACUUGAUUUUGUUUGGUGGUGUUUGCCAUAUAAUUUAUUUUUAUAAAACACUUUAAUGUAACUUUCCCCAAACCUUCCAAACGCUACUGUCCAUGGCAUGUUAAUUUGUAGAAUACACUGUCAAAAUUCUUAGUGUUGAUUGAUAUUUUUGUAUUAAAGACAGGAAAGAACGUUUAAAUUUUAA